AAAAGAAAUUUGGUCGAGAACAAUUUCUUGGAUGAAACGAAUAAGUGAAAAAGAGUAGCAGCGACGUAAGCAGUCAUUGCAUCUGCAUAUAAUUUCUUGUGUUAUUGAUAAUGUUGUUGAGGCUAGGAUGUGUAGAAGUGUUGUGUAUGUAUUUAUGUAAAAUAUAUGUGUGUGUGUUUUGUUGGUGGCGUAUGCGGCACUAAGAAGAGAAUGGGCGGACAGCCGGCUGCGCAUACUUCGGGUGAUUCCCUAUACGAAAUAUUAGGACUUCCUAAAACAGCAACCGCUGAAGAUAUUAAAAAGACUUAUAGAAAACUUGCUUUAAAGUACCAUCCAGAUAAAAAUCCCGACAAUGCUGAAGCUGCCGAAAAAUUCAAGGAAGUCAACCGAGCGCAUUCGAUAUUAAGCGAUCAAACAAAGCGUAAUAUUUAUGACAAUUACGGUUCACUCGGUUUGUAUAUAGCUGAACAAUUUGGCGAAGAAAAUGUCAAUGCAUACUUUGUAGUAACAUCACCAGCAGUUAGAGCGUUAGUUAUUUGUUGUACAUUAUUGACCGGCUGUUGUUGCUGUUGCUGCUGCUGUUGUUGCUGCAACUUUUGCUGUGGAAAGUUUAAACCACCAGUCAACGAAUCACAUGAUCAGUAUUCACAUUUAAAUCGUGAUGGUGAAAAUAGAGACGCUAGUCAACGUCCCCGUAAUAUGGGUCAGCCCGACCGACUUGAGGAAGUCGAUUUAGAUGAGCCAUCACUAACACAACCUGCUGCCAACCAGGCUAAUAAUGCGAACAAUACGGCCGGACAACCGGUCUUUGCUAUGCCACCACCACAACCACCAGCAACCGGUGUUAAUCCAUUUACCGGUGCCCCAGUGGCGGCCGCCACAGAACAAACCUCAUUAAACACCACAGAGCAAACCACUUAUACACCAGAUUAUCAACGUUAAGAAAAACACGAACCGACCACAAUGAAAAUGUUCUUAAGCGUGUUAUUAACUAUUAAGACUCAUCAACAGAUUUAUCAAAAAUAUAUAUAUAUAUAUAUAUAUAGAAUGGAGAGUAAUACGUGUUGAAGAUUAUGUAAUGUAUAUAUGUAAGGUUUGGCCGUUUGACCGUCGUCUGAU